AUGAUUGUUGGUGGUAUGGAGAAAGAGCAAUCGUCGAAACCACGGUCUCUGAUUACGUCACUUCCUGAAGACAUCAUCAUUGACAUCAUAGCGCGUGUCAGGAGAUGCGACUAUCCAACACUCUCCCUUGUUUGUAAGCACUUCCGAUCACUUGUCACGAAGCCUGAGCUAUACGCGAGACGAUCCUUGCUGGGCUGCACUGAAAACUGUUACUAUGUUGUCCUAACUAAAGACAAGACCUUGAUAGACGAAUCGCCGUUACAAGAGCGAAUCGCCGAUACCAGAGCUUCUCGUGACAAUUUCUUUCUCGAACCAAAGCGUGAAGAAAGUGAAGAAGAAGAAUAA